AACGGACCGAGGUAUCGACAACUGGUAAAGUAAAGGUAAGCCAGAUGUUAAUUUCAAUGUGAUACCCCGGAUUCUGCUUUGUAUCUUUUUGAAAGGCUCAGGUCAUCUACCGUCACAUUUCAUAAUCCAUCUUGAUUCGGUGACUGCAGCCUCGCUUGAGUACAAUAACUUAUCCAUUAAAGACCAAACAACAUGUCCGACACCAAACCAACAGACAAUCAUCGCAAGACCUUGAAAGAGGGCAGUCCAGAAGAAAGAGUCAAAGCCUGGUUACAACUUUCACAAAAUGAUAGCGGUCAUUCCAAGCAAGGAGAUUGGAUGAAUACCCUCAUCCCUCAUCUCCAGCUCGUGUCCACCAAUGCUGAAGGACCUCACCCGUCAUGUGUAUUCUCAUAUACAGUUCAGCCCGAUAAUUGCAACAGGCUACAGAACCUGCACGGAGGUUGCGCGGCCACACUCUUUGACUGGUGUACGACAUUACCCCUUGCUUUGGUUAACAAGCCUGGAUUCUGGCAGCAUAUGGGCGUGAGCAGGACACUUAACGUCACUUAUAUGCGACCUGUACCAGUUGGAACCGAGGUAUUGAUUGAGUGUUCGAUUACUCAAGUUGGGAAGAAAUUAGCCUCUCUGCACGGAAGUAUGAGAAGGAGGUCAGACAAUCUUCUCCUAGCCACAGCUGAGCAUGGAAAGGUCAAUAUUGAUGGUGAUAUCAAGGCCAAGAUGUAGAUGCACUUCCAUGAGUACCAGACAUCACAAAAAGUUAGAAAUAUUCUAUGAUUAGGUGCCAAAAAAAAAACAACCAUGAACUUGAUUUC